AUGGUAAACUUUACUAUUGACCAAAUCAGAUCCAUUAUGGAUCGUCGUGAAAACAUUCGUAACAUGUCUGUUAUUGCUCACGUCGAUCACGGUAAGACCACCUUAUCUGACUCUUUGAUUCAAAGAGCCGGUAUUAUUGCCGACAAGGUUGCUGGUGAUAUGAGAUAUAUGUCUACUCGUCAAGACGAGCAAGAUCGUGGUAUCACUAUCAAGUCAUCCUCUGUAUCCCUCCAUUUCGAAAUUACCGAUCCAGAUAACAUGCCAAAGGGAUCCACUUCACCAGAGUUCUUGAUUAAUCUUAUCGAUUCCCCGGGUCACGUCGAUUUCUCAUCUGAGGUAACUGCUGCUCUCCGUGUUACUGACGGUGCUUUGGUCGUCGUCGAUUGUGUCGAAGGUGUCUGUGUCCAAACUGAGACUGUAUUGCGUCAAGCCGUCGCUGAGCGUAUCAAGCCAGUUCUCUUCCUUAACAAGGUCGAUCGUUUCUUGUUGGAACUCCAAUUGAACACCGAAGAGGCUUACAUCUCUUUCCGUCGUGCUAUCGAGUCUGUCAACGUUAUUGUCGGUAAUAUGGACGACAAGGAAUUCGGUGACGUCACUGUCAAGCCAGAGAUUGGUACCGUUGCUUUCGGUUCUGGUCUCCACGGUUGGGGUUUCACCCUUGGUAAGUUUGCCAAGUUGUACGCCGCCAAGUUUGGUGUACCAAAGGAGAAGUUGAUCCAACGUCUCUGGGGUGACAACUAUUUCGAUGCCGAAGGUAAGAAGUGGACCUCAUCCACCACCUCUGUCUCUGGAAAGCCAUUGGCACGUGCUUUCUGUCAAUUCGUUUUGGAGCCAAUCUACCAAUUGUCCAGAGCCAUCGUUGACGACAACCAAGAAAAGAUUGACAAGAUGGUCAAGACCCUCAACAUUAACCUUUCCACUGAAGACAAGGAAUUGAAGGGUAAGGCUUUGGUCAAGGCUGUCAUGCGUAAGUUCUUGCCAGCUGCCGACGCUAUUUUGGAAAUGAUUGUCAUGCAUUUGCCAUCCCCAAUCGUUGCCCAAAAGUACCGUGUCAUCAAUUUGUACGAAGGUCCAUUGGACGACGAGUGUGCCAAGGCUAUCUCUGCAUGUGACCCAGAAGGUCCACUCAUGAUGUACGUAUCAAAGAUGGUUCCAACCUCUGAUAAGGGUCGUUUCUACGCUUUCGGUCGUGUAUUCUCUGGUGUUAUCCGUACCGGUCAAAAGGUCCGUAUUAUGGGUCCAAACUACGUCCCAGGUAAGAAGGAAGAUCUCUAUUGUAAGUCCAUCCAACGUACCAUCCUUAUGAUGGGUCGUAAGACUGAGCAAAUCGAAGAUUGCCCAUGUGGUAACAUUGUUGGUUUGGUUGGUGUCGAUCAAUAUUUGGUCAAGUCUGGUACCAUCACCACCUCUGAAGUCGCUCACAACAUUCGUGUCAUGAAGUUCUCUGUAUCCCCAGUCGUACGUGUUGCCGUCGAAGCCAAGAACCCAGCCGAUCUUCCAAAGUUGGUCGAAGGUUUGAAGCGUCUCGCCAAGUCAGAUCCAUGUGUCUUGUGUUACACUGAAGAGUCUGGUGAGCACAUCGUUGCCGGUGCUGGUGAGUUGCAUCUUGAAAUCUGUUUGAAGGAUUUGGCCGAAGAUCACGCCGGUAUUGAAAUCAAGACUACCGAUCCAGUCGUAUCUUUCAGAGAGUCUGUCCAAGCCGAGUCAUCCAUUGUCUGUUUGUCCAAGUCACCAAACAAGCACAACCGUCUCUUUGUCAAGGCCGAGCCAAUGCCAAUGGAACUCCAAGAUCAAAUCGAAGCCGGUACCAUCAAUGCCAAGGACGACGUCAAGUCACGUGCCAACGUUCUCGCUGAGCAAUUCAACUGGGAUGUCAAUGAUGCCAAAUCAAUUUGGAGUUUUGGUCCAGAUGCUAGUGGAGCAAACAUCCUUGUCAAUGUAACCAAGGGAGUCCAGUACAUGAAUGAAAUUAAGGAUUCAUUCGUUGCUGCUUUCCAAUGGGCUACCAAGGAGGGUGUUGUUUGUGAUGAAAACAUGAGAGGUAUUCGUUUCAACGUUCUCGACGUUACCCUUCACACUGAUGCCAUUCACAGAGGUGGUGGUCAAAUCGUCCCAACUGCUCGUCGUGUAUUGUACGCCGCUGAAUUGACUGCUUCCCCAAUUCUCCUCGAACCAAUCUACUUGGUCGAAAUUACUGCUCCAGAGUCUGCCGUCGGUGGUAUCUAUGGUGUAUUGAACAGACGUAGAGGUCACGUUAUCUCUGAAGAGCGUCGUGUUGGUACCCCAUUGUUCUCUGUCAAGGCCAACAUGCCAGUAUUGGAAUCUUUCGGUUUCACUGCCGAUCUCCGUUCUCACACUGCCGGUCAAGCUUUCCCACAAUGUGUAUUCGAUCAUUGGUCAUCCAUUGGUGUCGUCGGUGUUGACAAGAAGGUCACCGAAGUUGCCCUCGCCGUUCGUAAGAGAAAGGGUCUCUCUGAAGAAAUCCCACCCCUCGAUCGUUUCAUGGACAAAUUAUAA